AUGGCAAGUGUACCUCGUGAUCGUACCAAAGCCAUAUCGAUGAGUUUUGGAUUAUUUGUGUUGGGAUUAUCCAUUGGACCUGCAGUACAGACUUUAUUUACUCCUCUUGGACGUAGUGGAGUUCAAAUUGGUGCUGUGUGUUUUAAUAUGUACACUGCUCCCGCUUUCUUGAUGGUACUUGUGUCCCUUGGAUCUAUUGUUUUACUUUGUACAGUUUUUACAGAAACAUAUUCUGGACUUUUGCGCUCAGACAAAUCUCAACAGUCACUGAGUACUGUAAUACCAAAGUUUGAUCGAAUUGCCGCCAGUGUAUGCAUUUUUUUGUGGUUAACAAUGCAAAGCAUCGGAAUAAACAUCGAAGUAAUGGCUCCACCGCUGACCAUUGCAAUGUAUAGUUGGACAGAUCAACAAGCUGUACUGUAUAAUGGAAUUAUUCAAUCUAUUAGCUGUUCCGUUAAUGUUAUUUGCUAUUUUGCUAUCGGUUAUACAACUCUUCAGCAUCGCGAUAAAAGACCAAUGAUACUAUUCGGAUUAAUCUGCUUCUCUGCGUAUCACGUAAUCAAUCUGCCAUGGCCCUUCUAUACAGAGCAUUUGGAUUUCAUGAAAACUGCUCCAAAUUCAAGCAUCGAAGAUUCAGCGUUUAGCGGUGGAUGUUUCCAACGGUACAGCUGGUGUACAUACACACCCCGAGUGCCCUUUCCUUUGUAUGCUUUCAGUGCUACGGUACUGUUCGGAUUAGCAUUCCCAUUUUUAGCUUCACCUGUUGGUUCAUUAUAUUCUGAAGUGCUCGGACCAAGAAGUCAAGGCAUAAUGCAAGGACUAUUCGAGUUUUUCCCCAGCAUAGCGCGAUUUCUCGGACCAGUUGCUUCUUCGUAA